AUGUUUAAAAUAAGACUGAAAUGGACUUUAAUGGUUUUAACGUUAGCCUAUUUUUGGAAUUUUACAAAGUGUUACCGACAUCGGUCGAGGACUUUACCGAUUUAUCCAUGUACUUCUAUGGGAAUACAGUGGAUCCGGCAUCCACGGAACUGUGCUAAAUACUACAUUUGUGGCUAUGGGAAGCCUCAUUUAUUACCCGCGUGUCCCCCUUCGUAUGUGUGGUCUCAGAAAUAUACGAAUUGUGUUCCUUCAAAAUCUCGAUGGGACGAUUGUAACUUAUAUAAUGUUAAAACAACUCAACGACCCGUGCGGAGACGAUAUCCUCAUUAUAAUCACUUCCAUUGGAGAAAAAAAACCAAAUCUACCUCACCUAAAUCUACGACCCGACAUUAUUUCAGACGGAGGAAAACUACGCCGCGUUGGUCAUUGAUUAGUCGCAUUACGCCUACGACUACGCGUCUUCCAGUAAGACAUACAACUCCUACGACAACAACUCGUCGAAAGACAACAACUCGUCGAUCGACAACGACUCGUCAAACGACAACGACCCGUCGACCGACAACGACUCGUCGACCAACCACAACUACGAGUACGACGAGUUUACCAACUACCACCCCUUCAACUACGGUUACGACUACAACCAAACCAACACCUACAACUAUAAGAGCAAUAAUUCCUUCCGUCCACGACCCUGUCGAGACGGGCUGGACGCCAUCUUACCGGAAUAGAUGGAGAUAUACAACUGUUUACCCAAAAUAUAAACUUUCAAAUGACGAGUGGGACACUACAUUACAAUAUUUCACAGAGACGACCGCAACAUCAUCUCUACCGGAAACAACAACGAUAACGUUACCCCCUCCCCCACCAUCCACCCCUAGACGCCCUAUAAUUAUAGAAACAUCAACCAGGCCUUCAUUUAAAUCUUCAAUGCAGCCCCAGUUCAAGUAUAACCCAGAAUGUGGUGUGGCUGUUUCAAAGAUGAUAGUUGGUGGUACCCCAUCUCACGGUGGUCGUUGGCCGUGGGUAGCAUCGUUACGACUGACAUGGGCUAAUAGACAUGUCUGUGGGGGCACCUUGGUUCAUCCUCAAUGGGUAGUAACAGCCGCUCAUUGUGUUUUUGGGUCCCAGUUUGAGAAGGCAUCAGAUUGGAGAGCUAUACUUGGUGAAACUCAUGCUGGUAAUGCCGGUGCUCAAUUACAAAGAGAGGUAGACUUGAUCGUUAGGCAUCCCGAGUUUGUAAAUGGUGGUAACUAUCCUAAUGAUAUCGCUAUGAUGAGGUUAGAUAAAGCGGUAGACGUUUCCGGAUUGUAUAUCCGCCAUGUUUGUUUACCCGAACGGGAUGCCAACUUUCAACCGGAAGACUCGUGUUGGAUUAUGGGGUGGGGUGAAACGAAAGAAUUCCAUGCUCAAGGCGUUCUUCAGGAGCUGAAGGUUACUGUCCGGAAAAAUAAUGCUUGUGCCGCUCGGUGGGGUUGGAAACGCAUUCUUAACUCCCAUAUAUGUGUUGGUAAUGGAGACAUUGGUGCCUGCAACGGCGAUUCCGGUGGACCAUUAGUUUGUUCGAGACGAGGGUAUUACUAUUUGAUGCGUGAACGGUUAGGGACUGGGCGGGAGAGAGUCAUCGAAACCACCUCACAGAGGGCAUGGUUUUCCGGUCAUUUCGUUACUUUUGGAAUUUUAAACUGCUUCAUCUUUGUGGAUUUGAAGAAAAUAGAGCAGUUUUACACGUCUUAG